AUGCGCCAUGUCAUCGUCUUACUCCUGUUCCUGUCCACGACUGUCUCCUACGCGACGAGAGUUAGUAUGAGCAUGACUAUCAUCGGAAUGACAAAAGAAAAUAACUACGGGUACCCGGUCUUCGACUGGAGCCAGAGCAUCAGGGACACUAUCCUUUCGUCUUUCUUCUGGGGGUACAUUGUUCUGCAGAUCCCUGCUGGUAUGCUGACUGGAAGGUUCGGUGGUAGGAUGCUCAUCCUUGUGUCAAUGGCUGUCACUGGCAUCCUCAACCUCUUUGUACCAUUCGCUGCGACUAAGGGCGAUUGGCAAGCAGUUUGUGGAUGCAGAAUACUUAUGGGACUGUUCCAAGGUCUGCUUUAUCCUAGCCUUCAUGGUUUAUUAGGAAAAUGGGCACCUGUGUCAGAGAGAGGCAGAAUGGGCACCAUCGUAUACUCAGGUUCACAAUUGGGUACAAUAAUCGAGAUGAUAGUAGCUGGUGUGUUGUCUGAAAGUCAGUGGGGCUGGCCGUCUGUUUACUAUUUGGCUGGUGCAUCCUGCAUAGCUUGGUCCGUCCUCUGGUUUAUAUUUGGUGCUUCGACUCCAAGCACAAGCACGUGGAUAACGAAAGAAGAAAUGAAAUAUAUCGAAUCUAACACUGGUCCUACGGAUGCUAAUGAACAAAAGAAUAUGUCAGUACCUUGGAAAGGUAUUUGGACAUCCUUACCGUUCUGGUCGAUUCUACUCGCUCACUGCGGUCAGAGUCUCGGCUUCUGGACGUUGCUGACUGAGAUGCCGUCGUACAUGGACAAAGUACUGAAAGUUGACAUUAAAAGUAGCGGCUUACUAUCAGCGCUGCCGUAUGUCGCCAUGUACCUCUUGAGCUUCAUCUUCAGUUGGACCGCUGAGUUCCUCAUCAACAGAAACAUCACAUCCCUUGCCACAUCGCGAAAAAUUUUUAACACUAUCGCCUUCUGGGGUCCAGCUGCAUCGUUACUGGCUCUUUCAUACAUACCAGCUGGUCACAUACCUCUAGCUGUUGCGAUGCUUUGCAUCACAGUGGGACUAAAUGGUGCUCAUUAUGUUGGAUUCUUGAUUUCUCAUAUCGAUCUAUCGCCGAACUUCGCCAGUACUCUGAUGGGCAUCACGAACGGCUUCGGAAACAUAUUCUCCAUAAUGGCCCCUUUGAGCGUUUCCGCUGUAGUCCGAGAUGAGACAAGUGCAGAUGACUGGAGAAAGGUGUUUUUCAUAUCAAUCGCAUUUUACUUCCUGAGCAAUCUGUUUUUCAUCCUCUUCAUGUCCGGCAAUGUUCAAGACUGGAACGAGCCUAAACCUAAAACGAAUAUAGAGGAUGGAGUCAAAGCCGUUGAAAAAAGAAGAAAGGAGAAAGAAACAGGAGAACACAAGUUCUGAGGCUAGGAAGUACAUAUUGCGGUACAAAUUAUAAAAGCUAGUCAGAGUUCGCAGCAGAUGUGCUUAUUUGUGAUAAAGAGUACUAGUUAAAUAUGGACCAAUUAUAAGUUAUUGUUAGAAUAAUUAAGGAGCUUCUUAAGAUAAUUUAUUAAGAUGUUUUAUACUAAGGCAUUCUUGUAUAUUUACACAAAUUACAAAUAAUAAUUCUUAAAAGUUGUGAGUAUAUUUUAUAAUAAUGGCAAAAACGACAAAUAUAGCAUUUUUGUUCUA